AUGAUUCCAUACAUGGAGGUGCUGGCCAGGGCCGGGAUUCCCGCGAAGCUGAUCGAAGUCAUCCGCCAAUUCCACGAUGGAAUGCGGGCCCGGGUGCGCAUGGACGACGGAGAACUAUCGGACUGGUUCUUCAUGACACAGGGCGUGCGACAAGGGUGUGUGCUAUCCCCGCUGCUGUUCAACAUCUUCUUCGCCGAGGUUCUCGAGGUCGUUGUCAUCCGAUUCAGCGAGGAUGAUGUUGUUCUGCGGAGCCUGGUGUGCUUGGAGGAGGGGAAGACGGAGACGGAAGCAGGGGGGGGGGAGGAGACACCCCUUGACCGAGUACGGAGGGCAGUAUGGGGGAUGCUGUAUGCCGAUGAUGCCGGCGUCGUAUCGAGGUCUGCAGAAGGACUGGCGAGAAUGAUGACCAUCAUCGUUGAGGUGUUCGGGGAGUUCGGGCUAACGGUGUCGGAGAAGAAGACGGAGACGCUCCUGAUGCGCGCGAAGUACAAGCCGACUACAACAUCACAGCCCGCCCCGCCUCCACCGCUGACCAUCGAAGCCGCGGGACAGAAAUACGCCCAGACGACCGAGUUCCGGUACCUCGGUGGCCUUGUCAACGAACAUGGCGACCUCCCCCGGGAGAUCAGCUACAGGAGCAGAGGAGCGUGGGCGUGCCUCAGGGGAUAUGGCCGGGACCUCUUCGACAGACCGCAAGCGCCAUUCCGACUCAAGAUCCUGAAGAAGAGGCCAGCCGACAACGAGCGCUCAAACGAAACCACAAGCCACCAACCAGUGGGGCGGGAGGGGCGCAGGAGACGGACGAGACGGCGAGGGAAGAAGCAAACGAGAAGAGACGGACCGAGUGGCGCGAUACGUGCCGGAUUGAAUUUCUUUUAG